CCCUUUUUGCACAUCUCCAUUCAUUGAUUCUACAUCCAUCUAGAAAAUAUCUCCCAAAAUGGGUCCGUUCAGAUCGUCAGCCGCCGUGCCCGCUAUCUUGCUGUUCGUGCUGUUCACAGUAUCAUCGGCCAUGGACAUGUCGAUCAUUUCGUACGACCAAACUCAUGGAGUCAAAUCGAGCUGGAGGACCGACGACGAGGUCAUGGCCUUGUACGAGGAGUGGCUUGUGAAGCAUGGAAAGGCGUACAACGCAAUCGGAGAGAAGGAGAAGAGGUUUGAGGUCUUCAAGGACAAUCUCAGGUUCAUCGACGAGCAUAACUCGGAGGAGGAGAAGAGUUACAAGGUCGGUUUGAACAAGUUCGCCGAUCUGACCAACGAGGAGUACAGGUCCAUGUACCUAGGUGCCAAAUCUAGGAAGACGAACCGAAAACCAAGCGAUCGGUAUGCGCCACGUCUCGGUGAUUCGUUGCCGGAUUUCGUCGACUGGAGGAAGGAAGGUGCCGUCCCCGAGGUCAAAGAUCAGGGAAGUUGCGGGAGUUGUUGGGCGUUCUCAACGAUUGGUGCAGUAGAAGGGAUUAAUAAGAUAGUUACUGGUGAAUUGAUCACUCUAUCGGAGCAGGAGCUGGUCGACUGUGAUACAUCAUAUAACGAGGGAUGCAAUGGUGGUUUAAUGGACUAUGCAUUUCAGUUCAUCAUCAACAAUGGUGGGAUUGACUCGGAUGAAGAUUAUCCGUACAAGGCUUAUGAUGGUCGUUGUGACCCCUACAGGAAAAAUGCUAAGGUGGUUUCCAUUGAUUCCUAUGAAGAUGUCCCUGCAUAUGACGAGGCCUCACUGAAAACUGCAGUUGCAAAUCAGCCAAUUAGCAUUGCCAUUGAAGCAGGUGGCAGAACUUGGCAGCUUUAUGAAUCGGGUAUAUACACAGGACAAUGCGGUACAGCACUGGACCAUGGUGUUGUGGCGGUUGGAUAUGGCACAGAGAAUGGUAAAGAUUAUUGGAUCGUGAGAAACUCGUGGGGCAAGAGUUGGGGAGAGGCAGGCUAUAUCAGGAUGGAGCGAAAUAUUGCCGCUCGUAGUGGAAAGUGUGGAAUUGCUAUUGAACCUUCAUAUCCCAUCAAGAAGGGCCAGAAUCCCCCUAACCCAGGUCCAUCUCCUCCAUCGCCAGUAACCCCACCAACCGUUUGUGAUAGUUACUACACAUGUCCGGAGAGCAACACCUGCUGCUGUGUCUAUCAAUAUGGCAGCUAUUGCUUCGCAUGGGGAUGCUGCCCUCUCGAUGGUGCCACUUGCUGCGAUGAUCACUAUAGCUGCUGCCCUCAUGACUACCCUGUCUGUAACAUUAAUGAGGGAACCUGUUUGACGAGCAAGAACAACCCGUUGGGCAUCAAGGCACUGAGACGUACGCCUGCCAAGCCUUAUUGGGCUCAUGGAAGCGAAGGCAAAGCAAACACUGCAUAAACAAAUGGGGUUAGGACUUUCAAGCGGCGGUUGAUGUGGAUAAGGGAAGGACAAACCGUUCACUUGCAGCUAACCUUCAUUUCCAUUGGUAGCAAUAGAUGGAUGGUCUAUAGUAAUAUAUUCUAUUCAGACAAUGUUUAAAUGUCUAUAGCUGGCCAUUUAUAUGUGUUAAAUUUGAUCAGCAAGACAAAAGACAGGAUUGUUGUCAAUUUCCGAUGCCUGUAAAUCUUUUUAUCAAUGAGCGACGGCUCUUAUAUAUGAAUUCAUGAAAAUAUUGUUAGUUCCCUUAUUGAGAGCCU